AUGAAGCCGCGGACUUUGGAGCCCGAGCUCCAGCACGUUUAUCACCGAUUGCUGCAGCCGCUGUCGCUCAUCCCCGGCCGGGCGACGCCCCGAGAGUCUCGGCACCUCGACCCGCGCUUGGUCCGGGCGCUGGAGGCGGAGCGGCGCGUAAAGCUGACAGCGUCGUCGCUGUGCCUGCGGGUCGCCGAGCGGCUGGCCAGCAGCGGCCAGGACGCGCAGGUGUCUCCCGAGGGCCGACACCGCCUCGCCGAGGUCAUCCUGCAGGAGUUGAGGUGCGGCUGGCAGGAGCCACCUGCCGAAGCUAGUCUGAGCCCCCAGAACAACCAGAAGCUUCGGCAGCGCCUGGAGACCUACGUGUUGGUGAGCAGCGAGCAGCUCUUCCUGCACUACCUGCACCGGCUGGUGGCCCUGUCGGGCCCCGACAGUGUCUUUACCGAGCCUGCCACCCUCACCCGCUUGGCCACCGGGCUCUCCAGGGACUGCACGCUCUUCCUCACCGGCCCUGACGUCUACCGUGGGGUGCUCGCCGACUUCCAGGCCCUGCUGGGAGUCCAUCAGGGCCGGGGCCACACUGGCCCCGUGCGGACAUUCAAGCUCUGCCCGAUCCCCCGGCCUCAGAGCACCGGCUUCGCCCAAGUGCCAUGUUCCAGUCUCGACUUGAACCACCUCAUCCAUCUCAGCCGCCCUUCGGAGUUUCAAGUCGAGUCAGGGCAGGAUCCUCUGAAAGAGCUCAAGACCAUCCCCCAGUUGAAGAAGAAAACAACUCUCUUCCAGCUGCCCAGCAGGCCAGCGAAGAAGAGCGCAGCUUCCGCAAAGACUGUGUCACUGCCCAGCCAUGUUGCAGCUCCCAGCAGCCAGGCUGCCCCCAGCUUCCAGAGCCCCCUCACCUCCCAGCUCCGCCGCUACCAGUCCAUGCCGUCUCUGCGGGAGGGCUGGAAACUGGCCGAUGAGCUGGGCCUUCUCCCGCAGCCCCCGCGCACUUGUACCCCCCUGGUCCUGGUUGCGGAGAGUAAGCCAGAGCUGGCAGAGAAUGCAGUGGCUGAAGAUCUGAAGAAGCUGAUGAGGAAACUGAAACUGAAGAGGCCUCAGGGACUCCUAAUGGACACUGACCUGCACCCACUCCUGGGGGUCCAGACCCGCGGCCCAGAGGCAGAGCACCGCCUAAGAGAGCUGCAGAGGAUGUUGAAGACCCUGGAGGAGGAGGAGGAAGCCUUGGAACUGAAGGAUAACCAACACCUCAAAACUCCUCCACUCCACCCACAACCACACACCACAACACUGAAGCUCAGAAAUCAGCUUGUGGUGGAGACCGCUGUUGUAAGAGUGUCCGACAGAAAGUUCGUGGACUCCUUUCACGUGGAAGGAGUCGGAGUCCUGUACAACCACCUGACCGGGGAACUGGACUCCAAACUUGUGGAAGAGAUGGACCGCAGCCACGUUGUGAGCGAUAGCACCUGGGAAGUUUACAAGGAGUUAAUGAGCCACAUCUCCACAAACCACCUGUCUUUUGACCAGGGUCCCCUGAUUGAGCCUACUACAGAUAAAGACUGGUCAGCCUGCCUGUCCUCGUCCUGCCUGGACCAAGAAAAAGAGUAUCGCAUCAUAAACCCAGAGCUGGCAAAACUUUACACCCAGGGAGCCAACAAGCCAAGGCCCCACCCUAGUAAGACUGUCUCCGUUUCAUCGCUGCAUGGGAACAAAACCUUGGACCUACGAUCCAACAAAGCCUUGUGGAUGGAAAGCUGGUGGAAAGCCAAUCUUUCCCAGGAAGACUACUUAAAAUUCCUCCACACCGAGAAGACGGACUUCCUCCAUGUCAUCUUCCACAUGUAUAAAGAGGAGGAGCCGCCUCCGGAGAAGUUGGUGGCCCCUGCCAAGGAGUCCCAGAAGCUUUCUCACCCACUCCCCUUGCUUGAAGAGAAGGAAUCGUGGGAUUUUGUGCCUGGCGAGUGGGAUUGCAGGACAGUACUGCCUCAUGGGCUGGGGACUGCCAAACUCGGCCUCCUGAGUGAAUACCAAAAGCUCCCACCCCUGCAGAAGCGUCUGGAGCGGCUGUGGUCCGUCCUUGAGUUCCCCCACAGGGACCGGCUGGAUAUGGCCAUCAAGUACAGCUCCGAUUCCUGUCUGAGGCAACUGCCUGCGCUCCUGGAUGCCUGGGAGUGGGCCCUGAAGCCCAUUAGGCUGAGGGAGAUGCUGCUGGCAAAACUGGAGGCUUUUGAGCAGCAAGCCUCCAACCCCAACCGAUUCUUCCAGAAGCCUUUCAUUGGCCUGAAUUGCCUGGUGGAGGAGAGCAAGAGCCGCAAAGAGCUCCAGAGGCAGCUCAGGCAGGUAGAGGCCUCCUUGGUUCCCCUCUUGGAGGAGAUCGAGUUAAUCUUUCAUGAGCCAUUGACCUUCAGGGGGCGGCGCUACCUGGACAAAAUGAAGCACGACCAGGUGGAGAUGCUGUACUGGCUGCAGCAGCGGCGGCGGCUCCACCGGCUUGUCCAGACCCAGAAGGCCUACGGUCCUCAGACAGCCCAGUCUGGGAGAAACAGUAGCCAGCACUUGGCAGCUCCUGGGAAUACUUCUGUUACCCUUUGA